CCUGCCGGUUCCCGCGAAUGCAUUUCGGUUAAAAACCUUAGCGGUUGUACUAGUAUUCCAGUUCUGAGAAUACGCGCCUGACAUAAACCUCUCAUUCACUGGGUUGUCUUUUUUAACAGCUGCUCGCUCUCGUUUGGCCUCGCCAUGACCGGCAUCCCAACUCCACAGCGCUCACGAACCAAGACGGCAGAUCUCUCAGAGAUCUUCCGCAGCUCCCAUAGUUCGCGCCAGCUUCCCAAAACUACCGCUCUUCCCGAUACCCCAUCCGAAGAAAAGCCCAAGUCCAGGCGCUCUAUGCUGCCCUUCCUCGGAAGGAAGAAGACCGAGCGACCGUUCGCUUCAUCUUCAGCUCUGCCUAGAAAGUCCACCAACGCUCCUUCAGCAUCUGUCGGCAAAGAGCUCUUAACUGUUGCUUCAACCGCAGAUGGAUCUCCGUCUGACCAACGGCUCCCUUCUACCCUUCCUCCAUUAAACGUGUCACCGCCAUCACUAGGCUCCAAAUUCGCAGCCCACUUCUCUCCUUUGCGAUCUCCUACCAGGACUCUGAAAGCACGAUACUCUUCACACAAGUCAACAAAUACUCCUCCCACUCAUUCAUCCGCCACUCUCUCUCUCCCUGUAGCCGAUUGCCGUGGUACUUCCCUGGAAUCCUGCAGUUCCAGUAUAAACAGCCGAUCCGCUACACCAAAACCGCCUGUUCAACCAUCUGCAGAGAACACUCCUCACUACGAAAGGCUGGACGAUUUUUCUGAUCUGUUUACACUUCCAGAGCAUCAUUCAAAACCGACCAAGUCUGCUCAAAAAGCUUCCACCCUGUCACCUGUUAUUGUUAACGCUGCGAACGGUUCAAAAAAGUGUGUUGAACCCAGUCCUGCCACACCUCUGACACCUGUUAGUCCCACUCCCCCGUCAACCCCUUGCCUUCAAUUCCCCAUCCCUCCUUCGAAUUUUGGUCUAAUUUCGAUGGCGAGCGAGAAGUCAUCUCCCCAACAUUCGCACGGAUCGUCUAAAAGGGAACCAACUACACCCUCAAGCAAGCAUUCCAACAGCAGCCUCAAGCUGCCAGCCGCGAGUCCUCAACGUUUCUCGGUCUCUCGUGAACGUCGGAGCGACCGCGUUGCUACCGCUGGUAUUACUUCGGAAGAUGACAGCGACCGUGCUCGUGCAUUCAGUCUUUCAGGAAGCGAUACAGAUGCGUCUCGUGCUACAGACAGCAGCGUGCGUAGCAGGAGAGGUAGGCAUCAGAGCGCGUUGCCGAAGGCAUCGGCUAUGAAGCGUCCGGCCCCUUUACAGCGUGCGCCCUCUUCCUGUCAGAAAUUGUCUAGCGGCCCUCCUCCUUCUGCCCCCCUACCUUCCCCACCACCCUCGGCUCGAUUGGCACCCAGGCUACCAAUAAGCUCGUUGCCAUUCAGUCCAUCUACCGACAGUGUUCCCUCCGGCUCGACUGUUCACUCCCCGGGUGUAGCGUCACGACCGCGAGCUAACACUUUAUCAUCAGCGACUUCGCUGAGUUCAGCUAAGCUUGCGGCGUGGAUGGCUCCCAGAACAAACGCACAAGACAAACACACCUCUGCAGAUACCCAGCAGCCCGCAUCCGAUGAUGACCUCAGGAAUGCGCUUGCCUUGCAGAAUAGAAAGUAUGCUCAACUUCAAGAAUAUGCCGUCACUAUCACCAAGAAAUUCGAGGAUGAGAAGGGAUCUAUGACAAAGACCAUUCAGAUGCUGGAGCGAGAGAUUCGAAAAAAGGUCAGAGAGAUAGAAGGUUUGCGUUGGCUCGUUAUACACAAUGGUGGUGCAGCCGAUAUUGAUGCGGCAGCAAACCUGGCACGAGCUUCUUUGAUCACGCUGGACGAUGGGGAUCGAUCCGACGCUGCGCGGGCCAUGGACCCAAUGCGUGAUGAGGCUCCGUCCCAGAGCACGCGAAGAGGACUUGGCCUUGAUUAUCUUGAUCAACCUAACUCGUCUGGGGCGUCCCUGGAACCACCUUUGCCAGAAUUCGGUAUCGCUGCUUCUGCCUCGUCUUCGCGCUCCUCUCUGUCUCUUCCGAUGCUGACUCCGUCGACAACCUCGUCUUUGUCAGCCAUCCCGGAACAGCAGGGAGAGAUCAGCCGAGCGGGACGUCGAAAGGCGAAGGAAGAACGGCGCGCUUCUCGGGCCCUACGUCGGAUCUCAUCGUCAUCGCUGUCAUCAGCGACAUCUGGGGCAUUUAUGGCAUAUCCUCCUUUGCCGACCGAUCACACGUUCGACUCUCAGCCCAGCAUGGAAAACGUACUUGAAAAGCUGCGUCCGUUUCGAAACACGUGAUCCAGCUAAACUUUAUGGAAGCUGCAGGAUGCCCGCUUGCCAUUGUAUGAUCGGCAUCAAUUAUUUGCGCUGUCAAACAAUAUUGCGGCCUUCGACACCUUCCCGCUCCUUCUCAACCGCUUAGCUAAUUCGCCUCACUUCAUGGACUUAAUCGCAUCACCGCAAUUUAGAAUUACAAGUCUACAUUUCAACAUCUGGCAGGACGUCCACGGGAACUUGGAUACCUCGCAUCGUCGUUCAAUUAUCCGUAUUCGCAUUCGCAUUUGCAUCCUUGGUAUAUCAUUUGGUAUUCACCACAGUCGUUAUCGUCACAAUUCUUUCGUUUAUAUACCUCUGAUCAGCAUAAGCUCAUACCAUCUCUUCGGUCAUACCACAACGUAUUUAUUUAGAGGGCAUAAAAUGGGAAGCCAAGGAAUUAUUUUGAAUAAUCAGAA